GAGGCCCCAACAGCCACGUACGAGGAGCAGGUGCGGGACGGCUUCAGGCCUGUGUACCAAGGCGACACGGUGGUCGCCAUGAUGCGGGGAGACGAGGUCGUCAGGCCGGGCAGGCGCGAGUUCCCCGAGAAGGGCACCGAGAAAGGCAAGGGCAAGGGCAAGGACAAGGGCUCCAGCUUCGGCGCCGCACCCACUGGGCCGGGCAGGCCCGACGGAGGGUCUGCCGGCGCCGACGAGGACGACCGACGAGACCGGGAGGAGAAGGGCCAGGGCCGCGGGCGACAG